AUGCCAGAAAACCACACGGCCUUAUAUGUCGGCUCGGCAUUUGUGGCAGGUGUCUCCGUGGCUUUAGUCUGCAGAGAACUGCUAUCAUCUCAAGACCAUGGCAGAAACCCUGCGGCAUCAAAUGAGCCAGCCAUCCAAGCGCCCGUUGCGCGAUCAGGGCCUCCGGCCAUUGUCGAAGGUAUCCAAGGCUGUAUAGGGAAUACACCACUAUUUCGUAUCAAAUCAUUGUCGGAUGCGACAGGAUGUGAAAUUCUGGGCAAAGCUGAAUUCCUGAACGGUGCCGGACAAAGUUCAAAGGAUCGUGUUGCACUGAGCAUGAUCGAAAUUGCCGAAGAGAAAGGUCUCUUGACUCCCCACUCUGGUGAUACCAUAUACGAAGGCACCUCGGGCUCAACGGGGAUAUCUCUCGCCAGUCUUGCUCGAGCCAAGGGCUAUCUGGCUCAUAUCUGCAUGCCCUCGGACCAGGCAAUCGAAAAGUCAAACCUUCUCUUGAAGCUCGGGGCCAUUGUCGACCGCGUGCCACCCGCACCUAUUGUCGAGAAGGAAAAUUUUGUGAACCGCGCGCGGGCACUUGCCCAGGCGCACACCGAAUCGUCGUCUGUCUCCGUCACGGCCGAAAAGGAUGGAGACAUUAAGACUCAUGAGAUCUCGGUUCAGGGCCGCGGAUUCUUUGCCGAUCAAUUCGAGAACGAAGCCAACUGGCGCGCUCAUUAUUCAGGUACUGGGCCUGAGAUUUACGCUCAGUGUCACGGGAAAAUCGACGCUUUCGUGGCUGGGGCGGGUACCGGGGGAACUAUAUCGGGUGUGGCGCGAUAUCUGAAACCGUUAUUGCCCAAUAUGACUGUUGUGUUGGCAGAUCCUCAGGGGAGCGGCCUGUACAAUCGCGUGCGAUACGGCGUCAUGUUUGACGUGAAAGAACGCGAGGGUACACGCCGACGACCCCAGGUCGAUACGAUCGUUGAAGGCAUUGGAAUCAACCGCGUGACCGCAAACUUUGAGGCUGGUAAGGAGCUUGUGGAUGAUGCGGUACGUGUGACCGAUGCUCAGGCACUCGCCAUGGCUCGGUGGUUGGUGGAGAAGGAUGGGAUUUUCAUUGGGAGUAGCAGUGCUGUGAACUGUUUCGCCGCGGUGAAAACAGCGCUCAAGCUGGGCCCGGGGCAUCGAAUCGUGACUAUGCUAUCUGAUUCAGGAUCAAGGCAUCUAUCGCGUUUCUGGGCUAAAGCCGGAGAUGUUGGUGGAGCUGUAGACACGAAGUUGGAAGACGUCCUGAACGCGAAGGACGAGGACUUCAGUAAAAUCUCUUAG